CGGACAUGUCAUUAGCGCUAGUACUGUUCUAAGGGAUGUCUAUAAUAGCAAUAGAACCUUACGACAUCUUUUAUCGUGUUCUAUUUUUGACUAUAGAAAUAUGGGAUAUUAUAAUAACGCUGAUAAAAGCAAAUCAGAAAGAUAAUUCAUACACAACACUCCAUCUUAAAACCCUUAAAAAGGAAGUGUACUGAGAGUAUAAACAAUGAGAUGCUUAUGUAUCUUGGCACUUUUAAUUACUUAAUUUAGCUGUUAUGACAACAUCGACCUUUGCUAACUGAUCUACUUCUUACAAUGUACUAAUCCUAUUAAGAGAGGC